UUAAAAACUUCCUUCCCACCACUUGUAGUAACUGACCGCCACAUCAUAAUAGCAGCUAAGCUAUCUGAUAGAUUGAUAUCCAUCGUCUUCAAUGGCGUCUGUAUUAGCAAAAUCAAUAGUGACAAAUAGAAGCAGCAGAAGAGAUGAAGUAUAUGUAGCAGCAGUGCCCUUAAGAGCCACAAAAGGGCCUGCGCAGUUGCUUAUGUCCACUGCUUACUCUUUUAAUCUAUGGGAUUUGCAGCAUUUCAUGGUCAUCAUCAAACCCUCCUCACCUCCUCACUCUCAGGCUUUGGUUUUUGAUUUUCAACCUCAAGAUCCUGAAAAUAUAUACGUAGCAGUUGCAGCUAUAUCUGGCAGGAAAGUACCAGGAGGUGUACUUGUUAGGAGGUUGAACAAGGUGCCAAAAAGAAAAUGCUGGUUCAUUGGAUUGUCCAAAGUGGAUGCUUUAGAUGCAACAUAUAAAUUCAAUCAAAAUUGGGAAACUGAUUUGAGGAUUGGCCAUCACGACUGUCGAGAUUAUACCAAUGGACUGGUUGAGUAUCUGAUUGGUGAGAAAUAUGUGUUGGAGCGCCUGAGAAGAAACAGCAAUAAUUAAUCCAUAUAUAGUUAACUUGGCUGUUCAUCCAGAAACAAUGUUAUGUUCUGUAACAAAUGAUCUGUGAGUAUGCCUUGCUUAUCAAUGUAUUAAUUCUUUUUCUUUUUUUUUUUUUAAACUUUAUACUAUAUUGACAUAAAAAUUGAUUUAUGAUCGUGUUCCUGGGUAAGAUUUCUCUCUGCAAACUUACAACCGAUGUCUCAUGGUGUAACAUAUGGAUGAGAAUGGUCCCCAUGGCUACACAGUGGAACAAUAUUUGUUAACUUAAAGCAUCCAAACACUUUAUUCUCAACAGUUACAUGGACAGCAAAAUAUACUUCCGGCAGGAAACUAACGCUGUGUUUGGAACCAUGGAAUUUGAUGGGAUUUCAAUUUGGGAACGGCAUUUGUGUUGUUUGCAAUCAGCAGAUUGAAUAUGGGAGAUUUCAAAUUCGUUUUUUUAGUGUUUCAUAACCAGUAAAAAAAAGUCAGGACCCUAUAAAAUAUGUACCAACCUAGCUCUCUCAAUCUACAAUGUCUUCCUUCCUGCUCUCUCCUUGAAAAAUUAUUUAGAAUGUUUUUUUGUUCAAUAAUAAAAGAUUUUUUUUUUUUGUUUGGUAUU